CGCGCUGUGUGUAUCGUCGGUUCAUAUAAAUUCCACGUCGCAGUCUGUUCGGCUUUGUUCGUUUUUGUUCGGGUUUGUUCGGGUUUGUUCGGGUUACAGACUGGUCGACUGUGCUCAGGAGAAUAUCACAGCACAGGUGAGACUGUCGCCUGCGUGUCAGUGAAGAAAGAGACAACGGAACAGCAGCUUCUGGAAUAAGAAGCCGCCCAGAUCAAUCUGAGCAGUUUAACAUUGAAAGCCACCAAAGAGAGUCUCCCUGUGUAAGGAUAAGGAUCUCUCCCCUCUCAGGUUCUCUGCCUGGACAGCCCUCCACAACCUCCAUCUGAGCAGUCAUCAUCUACUGGGUCCGGCCAGCUGUGCUUACCGUCCUCAUUACAGGCUUUUUCUCACCUUUAACCCUGCAAACGCUGGCACAGCGGCACUUUAGGAUUGGUAGUCAUGAGUGAAUUCUGGUUGUGCUUUAACUGCUGCAUCGCUGAACAGCCACAGCCGAAGCGGCGGAGGCGUAUUGACAGGAGUAUGAUUGGGGAACCUACAAACUUUGUCCACACAGCACAUGUGGGUUCUGGAGAUGUGUUCAGUGGCAUGGACUCUGUGAACUCAAUUCAGAACCAAAUGCAGUCAAAAGGUGGAUAUGGACAUGAGACCAUGCCCAUCAAUAUGCAGAUGCAGCUAGUGGACACAAAAGCAGGAUAAUGGCUAACUUGAUGAGGCCUCCUUUGAUGCUUGCCAUGGCCUCUGUCUACCAAUGACAACUCCCAACUUCCACCUGUUCUUGUCCAGCAAACACAUGGACCAUUGUGAACUCCAUAGGACUGAGGACGCUUUGUUUAUGAGCAUCGGUGUCCUCUUCGCCCUGUAACGGACGCUUGCAUGCCCCUUCAUCUCCCACCUUGCAGUGCAUUGUGUAACUUUGCCUCCCAUGUCUGUGGUUUGCUGUGAACAGCUCACUCUCAGCACUCAUACGUGAAGGUCUGGAACCUGCGAGUACAGGCAGUUUUCUUUCUGGAUUUGUUAGAUUUUUUUUUUCGUCACACGCUCGGUUGAGUUUAAAGACUGGUGCAAAGGACCUCAAAAAUACUUGCAAGCGCUGGCCAUGUGGUGCCAAAAUGCUCAGUUAAUGGAAUAAUGACUGUGUUCUGACCAGACGUACCUUUGUUUUUGAUUCAGACCCAGAUCAAUGGUGUUAUGUAAGAAGUUGGAUUAUUUUGCUGUUUACAUCAUUUCAUAUCACAUUCCAUCUCAUCUGUCUUUGCGCUUCCUUGUGGUAAUAUGUUUAUUUCAACGAUGUUAAAAUGCAGAACUGGCAUUUCUGUCACCGGGCUGCUGUAAGUGUUCUACCAUAAGUUUGAUGUAAAUGCUUAAGUUAUAGUCAUUUGCUGUACAGUCUAUGUGAAAAUGACAGUGUAGUCUAUGUCCUGAUGAUCUGUGCUGAUAUGUCAUUUCAGUUUAUUUAGAAAUUUUUCUGUGAAAGACAAAAACAGAUGGGUCGUUCUUUGAUUAGUGUUGCCAUCAGCUAGGAAGACAUAUUCCUAUAUAUUUAUAGACUGCAAUGUUCAGGGUGUAUUCCUGCCUUGUGGCCAGUGCUUUCAAAUGGUGCUGGACCCACGGUGUUACAGUUUCAGCGCUUAAUAAACACAAUUUGUUUUAAAGAA